CAAACCACCAUUUUCAGAAAACCAUGAACAAAUCCGCCAUGGGAGACCUCCUUGCUCAACUGGGUUCAAUCCUUGCAAGCAUCAUGUUCGUUUGGGCCAUCAUCCAACAAUACUUCCCUUACAACAUCCGUAACUUCAUCGACAAAUAUUCACAACGAUUCCUCACUCUUUUCUACCCUUACAUCCAAAUCACCUUCAACGAAUUCACCGGCGAGCGAUUCAAACGCAGCGAAGCUUAUUCCGCCAUUGAAACCUACCUCGGAACCACCUCCUCCAUGCAAGCCAAACGACUGAAAGCUGACGUUACAAAGAACAACACCCAACCACUCUCUCUCUCCAUGGAUGAUCAUGAAGAAGUUGCAGACAACUUUAAUGGCGUCAAGGUUUACUGGUCUUCCGGGAAGAACAUACUCAAAACGCAGUCGUUUUCAUUCUACCCGACUACCGAUGAAAAGAGAUACUAUAAACUCACGUUUCAUAAACGAUAUCGAGAACUCAUGGUUCGCGAUUACUUGAAUCAUGUUCUUAAAGAAGGAAGAGAGAUUAAGGUUAAAAAUCGAUUACGAAAGCUUUAUACGAACAACGGAGCACAAUGGAGUCAUGUUGUGUUUGAACAUCCUGCUUCAUUUCAAACCCUAGCCAUGGAUCCUGUUAAGAAACAAGAGAUUAUCGAUGAUUUAACGACGUUUAGCAACGCCGAAGAGUUUUAUAAUCGAAUUGGUCGUGCUUGGAAACGAGGGUAUCUUCUGUUCGGACCGCCGGGCACCGGAAAAUCCACCAUGAUCGCCGCCAUGGCCAAUUUCUUGAGCUAUGACAUCUAUGAUCUUGAAUUAACUGCUGUAAAAGAUAACACUGAAUUAAGAAGGUUAUUGAUCGAAACAUCGAGUAAAUCGAUUAUCGUGAUAGAAGAUAUCGAUUGCUCGAUGGACCUCACCGGCCAACGGAAAAAGGGUAAAGAGGAAGAUGAAGAAACUACCGAUCCAGCGAAGAAAGCGGCGAAACCACCGCCGUCGCCGGAAAAUGAUUCGAAAGCGAGUAAAGUUACUCUUUCCGGUCUGUUAAACUUUGUCGACGGUUUAUGGUCGGCGUGCGGCGGCGAUCGGAUCAUUGUUUUUACGACGAAUCAUAUUGAAAAGCUUGAUCCGGCGUUGAUUCGAAGAGGGCGAAUGGAUAAACAUAUUGAAUUAUCGUAUUGUGGGUUUGAAGCUUUUAGGGUUUUGGCAAGAAAUUAUCUUUAUCUUGAAGACCAUGUUUUAUUCGAUGAGAUUCGUCGGUUGUUGGAAGAAACCCAGAUGACGCCGGCGGAUGUCGCCGAGAAUUUGAUGCCGAAAACCAGUCCGGCGGAUGUAGAAGCUUGUUUGAGGAGUUUGAUCGGAGAGUUGGAGAAGGUUAAAAGGGAAGAAAAACAGAAGAAGAUCGAGGAAGAAGAAGAAGAAAGAAAGAAGAAAGAUGCUCCGGCAACGGUGCCGGCGCCGGAGACGGUCAAAAUUGAUGAAAUUAAGGAAGUGAAAGUUAUUGAAAAUGGGUCAAAUGGAAGUGUAGUGUAAAGGGAGUUGAUGGAGACGAUGGGUUUUGGAUGAUCGGUGCCGGCGGGUUGACGGUGGAUCUGCCGACAAUGGGGAAGACGACAAUUGGGAUAAGGUCAACGGUACUGUGGCUUUCAUUUUUGGGGAUAAAAACAGUUUUGGUCCCUCUACUUCAUUUUAUGACGGUAACAGUCCUUGUAGUCGCAUUUAAGUUUUUGAAGGUAACAAACAUGUAAGUUGUUGAAUGGAA